AUGGCGCUCAUCGUAGACAAACACAGACCGAGGUCACUCGACGCACUCACAUACCACCAGGAACUGUCAGAAAGGCUUGGCUCACUGGCACAAAGCGGCGAUUUUCCUCAUUUACUGGUGUACGGCCCAUCCGGCGCAGGCAAGAAGACGCGAAUUGUCGCUACACUGAAAGAGUUAUAUGGACCCGGUGUCGAGAAGAUUAAGAUCGAUGCGCGCGUCUUCCAAACAUCCAGCAACCGCAAGCUCGAAUUUAACAUCGUCGCUUCCAACUACCACCUUGAAAUCACGCCGUCAGACGUCGGAAACUAUGACAGAGUUGUUGUUCAGGAUCUUUUGAAAGAGGUGGCACAGACACAGCAGGUAGAUCAGUCGGCAAAGCAGAGAUUCAAGGUUGUGGUCAUCAACGAGGCAGACCACCUCACAAGAGAUGCGCAAGCUGCGCUGCGUCGGACAAUGGAGAAGUACUCUCCUAACUUGCGCUUGAUCCUUCUCGCCAACUCGACGGCGAACAUCAUCGCCCCCAUUCGGUCGAGAACACUACUGGUUAGGGUUGCUGCUCCUACCCACGAGGAGAUCUGCGAGGUCCUCGCGGUUUCAGCGAAGAAAGAGAACUGGCCCAUGGUUAAGGGCUUGCACAUGAGGAUAGCACAGGAGAGCGGCAGGAAUCUUCGGCGAGCUCUGCUCAUGUAUGAAGCCGUUCAUGCGCAAAAUGAGAAAGUGACAGACAGCACACCGAUCCCACCUCCAGACUGGGAAGCUUUGAUCAGCCAGAUCGCGAGGGAAAUUGUUGAAGAGCACACCCCGGCGCGGAUUCUCCAAGUGCGGGCGAAGCUGUACGACCUUCUUACACACUGCAUACCGCCGACCACGAUUCUCAAGACUCUCACAUUUAAGCUCAUUCCCUUGAUCGACGACGCCCUCAAGGCAGAAGUGAUCAAGUGGUCGGCGUUUUAUGAACACCGCAUCAAAAUGGGUACCAAGGUCAUCUUCCACCUGGAAGCUUUCGUGGCCAAGUUCAUGAGAAUCGUGGAAAUGUACUUGAUGAGCAUGGAUUUGUGA